CCUACACCUCACAUCGAAAUGAAAAUUAAGGGUCGCUGGAUGCUGCUGAUAAACUUACUGCAAAAAACGAAAGUGAAGCAGUAAAAUGUGAGAAACCAACUUAGCCGGUUCAGUGUAAUAUUUCAGUCAAAUUUCUUCCAGCUGCUGGCAUUGUGCGCGAUCUCUAAAAGGAUCUGAAAUCCAUAUAUACAAACGAUUGAUUCGCUUAUCUUGGCUUCCAGUAUGACCGAGAGACUUCAGCUGCGAGACUGGUUGCUCACAUUGCUACAGCACAAUCAAACUCCUGGUCUAACUUGGAUUGAUAGAGAUAAAAAAAUAUUUGCAAUCUCAUGGAGACAUGGUCGAAAGAAAGGCUGGAAAUCAGAAACUGAUUCACAAUUAUUCAAAAAAUGGGCGAUGUAUAAGAAACGAUAUGUACCGGGAAAUGACAGAGAGAAUGCUAAACUAUGGAAAUCAAGAUUCAGAUGUGCAUUGAAUGCACUCAGUGACGUGAAAGAAUUAAAAACUUUAAGUCAGACGAAGGGAGAAGACGCGAGAAAAAUCUAUCAGUUCUUGCACAAACAACGUGAGGUGACUGUGAGAAGACGAAGGUUCCUCAGAGACAAAGCGAAAUUUAAUAAAGAUGAAGAAGACAAUGGGGAACAUUGCCACAACAAAAUAGACACACGUCAGAAAUUACAAUACCAGGUCCAAGCUGAAAAAUUGCAGGAGAAAAUGGAACAACCAAUCCAUCAAAGUAUGUCCAUUGAUUUUCAAAACUUUGAAGGAUGGCGCCAUUAUGUUGUCUAUCAAACUUCCCAAGAGUUGUAUAAAUUUUCAAACUUAUGUUGCUCUCUUGACGAGGAUGACAUGGAAGCAAACAAGACAAUAGAGGAACUUUUAACUCCCAAGUUUGGCUUUGUCUAGGGUCGAGUAAAAAGUAUACCGACAGUUUCUCACUGGUACUAGUUCUUAUCACAAUCGGCUUAACCGAAAAAAACCAUUUGAAAAAACUUUCUUCUAUGAUCAAUGAAAUAUAAAAAUGGAAGAGCUGAUCGAGAAAGAUGGAUUUUAUUAAAAAUAUCAACCAAAUACAAUGUACAAUAUUUCUUGCGCGUUUGGGUGUGUU